GACGGCGAGGCAGGCAGGCGGGCAGCCGGGUGGAAGCCGGCCGUGGUGGCGGCGGGACGGCUGGGGUGGCCGGUCAUCGCCCGGCCGGCUCUGUGGCCGCUGGCCUCGGACACCCCUCUCGCUCGCCCGUUCGCCUGCCCGCCCGGCAGCCGCGGGGCCUUGGGACGGGGCGGCGCGCCCCUCGCCUCCUCCUCGGCAGCCGGAGCCGGAGCAGCGUCCCCGACCUCCCGCGCUGCCGCCACAGCCUCUGACGCCCGGGUGAAGAGGCAGGAUCGCCGGCCGCUCGCCUUGGAUUAUAGCAGCGCCCCCACUUCUUCCUCUCCCCCCUUUUUUGGGGGGGGCUCUUAUACCUCCGACUACGCCUUUCCCCAUACUUUUUCCUCCCGAUUUUUAAUUAGGUUUCUCUCUCUUUUCUUGGGGAGGGGGGUGUUUGCAUUAAGAUCUCGCUUGCCGCCCCUUUCUUCCUUGGCUUUUUUUUUAGAGGGGCUUUCUUUUUUGCGGGGGGAGCUUUGCAUUGAGAUUUCGCUUGUGCACCCCCCUCCGCCGAUCCCUUUGCACUUCCACCCCGCUCCUCUGGAUUUCGUUCUCGUUGUUAGGGGCACUGCCUAACACCCCCCCAGCCCCUCCCCGACCCUUUGGCGCCCAUCGUGAUGGCAUAGCGAUUGGCCUGCGACUGCACGAGGAAUCGCCUUCCUUUUUGCCCCCCCCGCCCCCAAACAGCCUUGCUCUGAGCUUCUUCAUUUUUUAACAUUUUUGGUUCGUUGGACGAAAGGGGGACCCCCCCUUGGGUGGAAAUCUGGGGUGGCUCGGGGAAGGAGCAGGCGGGACCCCCUCCUUUGCCUAUAUCCCACGGCCCCCCUUUGUCUCCGGGGUGGCCCCCCCGCCCCCUGCCAAGCCCCCCCUCCCCCCUCCCAGGGCACGUCCCGGCUUUGGCGCCCGUUCCCAUCCGCACGUGCUUGGAUUGCCUGUUUCUUCCCGGAUUCCGCGAUGGCCUCGCCCGGGAGAGCUCGCUCCGGACCCGCCGCCCUUCUCUACUGCAUCGGGGCGCUGCUCAGCCAGGCUCACGCGAGGGUUCUUCCCACCAGCUCAGAGCCCCCAGAGACACCCCAGCCACCUGCAGCUGCCAUGCUCCCAGUGAGCUACCGCCUCUCCAACACCCGCAUGGCGUUCUUCCUGCGGGAGAUGCGGCCGCCCCCCAACACGAACGCCAGUGCCAGCCUGACACGUUCGGAACCCUUUGUCGUGUUCCAGACCAAGGACUUGCCGGUCCUCAACAUCUCUCUGGGGCCUUUCAGCUCAAGCCUGGCCUUGCCAAAAGAACUGCUCCAACCCUCCAGCACUCUGGAGGUCCCCGAACACCUGACGGUCAACUGGAAGGUGCGGGCCUUUAUUGUACGCACAAGGGUGCCGGCCAGCCAGCCCACGGCCCAGGUGCUGUUCUACGUUGCCGGGCGGGACUGGGAUGACUUCAGCGUGACCGAACGGCUACCCUGCGUGAGGCUGCAUGCCUUCCGGGAGGCCCGGGAACUCCGGGCUUCCUGCCGCCUGCGGGGCAUCCUGGCCUCUUGCCUUGUCCAAGCGGAGUUGCCUCAAGCCUGGUUUGGACCCGCUGCCGUCCCCUUGGGGCGCAGGAAAGCUCCGGAGGGAAUGGACCCCGCUGGACACGUCCAGCAAGUGGAGCUGUAUUACACCCUCCAUGCCCCCGAUGGGAUGGGGGACUGCGGGAGCGAGUUGGCGGGGCGACGGGGUGGCGGCGGGGCCCGGACGGAAGGGCCCACGCAGCACCCCCUCCUCCGCAUUGGCAGCCUCCGGCUCUUUCAGCCGCCGCCGCCGCCGCCCUUUCAAGAGCAGCGCCUGGAUGACAACGUCUUCGUCCGACUCCCUGACAAGCCCCUCCGGCCAGGUGAGGUGCUCAGGGUCAUCCUUUACCUGAUGAAGAACUCGACAGUCGAGCACUUCACGCUCAGGGUGAAGGCCAAGAAAGGGGUGAACCUGCUCACGACCAAAUCCCGGGACCCAAAUUGGCUUGUGAAUUCAGAAUUCCAGACUGGCAGCAAACACUCCACGUCAACUGUCGAAGUGUCGUGGAUCGGUGGCGCACAACCCAGGGCUGAGGAUUCCCCCUGUGAGAUCAUGCAGCUGGACUUUGAAAUGGAGAACUUCACUAGCCAGUCGGUGACCCGGCGCAUCAUGUGGCAUAUCGACUACCGGGGCCAUAGCCCCCCGCCUGACCUGGAGAAGGCUGUAACGGAGCUGACAGUCAUUCAGAGGGACAUUCGUGCCAUCCUUCCUCUUGCCAUGGACACGGAGAUCAUCAAUACGGCAAUCCUCACAGGUCGGACGGUAGCCAUCCCAGUCAAAGUCAUUGCCAUUGAGAUGACAGGCGUCAUCGUGGACGUCUUGACCGCGGUAGCGUGCAAGUCCACCAACGAGGACAUCAUCAAGGUUUCCAGCAGCUGUGACUACGUCUUUGUGAGCGGCAAGGAAUCAAGGGGCUCUAUGAAUGCAGGAGUGUCCUUCACCUACGAGCACCUCACUGCCCUCUUGGAGAUGACCGUCUGGGUCCCCAAACUCCCCCUGCACAUCGAGCUCUCCGACCUGCGGCUCAGCCAAGUGAAGGGGUGGCGAGUUCCAGUCUUACCUGAUCGGAGGUCUGUCCGGGAGAGCGAGGACGAUGACGAGGAGGAGGAACAACGACAGAGCCGGGGCUGCACCCUCCAGUACCAGCACACCACCCUGCAGGUGUUCACUCAGUUCCACACCACCUCCUCGGAGGGCACCGACCAGGUGGUCACCAUGCUGGGCCCGGAGUGGAUGGUUGAGGUCACGGACCUGGUCAGCGACUUCAUGAAGGUCGACGACCCCCAGGUGGCACGCAUGGUCGACACCAACACUCUAGCUGGCCGGGAGCCUGGCACCACCCUGUUCAAGGUGGUCUCUCCCCUCAUGGAGGCAGUUCUUGGAGAGGCCCUGGUGACUGUGGCUGAUGAGAAGGUCAGCAUCACAGAGCUGAAGGCCCAGCUCAUCUCAAACCUCUCCCUCUCGCUCCACCCCAGCCCUGGGAACAGCCACACCAUCGUGGCCAAGACAACAGCCCAGCAGACUCUUAACUUCUCCAAACAGGAGGCCUUGCUGAGUCUUUGGGUGUCCUACAGCGAUGGCACGACAGCCCCCCUCUCCUUGUACAACCCCAAGGACUACACGCUGGUGGUGACUAGCCAGGACAGGGCAGUGGUGUCGGUGAUGCCCGACCGGGCCUUCCCGCUGGUGAUGGCUGAAGGCGAGGGGGCCGGUGAGCUGGUCAAGGCCGAGCUGAUGAUCUGCGAGAGUUGUCAGAAGACUAAGCGCAAGAGUGUGCUGGCCACAGCUAUGGCCAGUGUCAGGGUGCAUUUCAGCUCUGAAGAGGAGCCCACCUAUGACUAUGAGCCUGUCCAAACCCCCAGCAGGCCCGGACAGGAGAGGGGUGCCCCUGGGACCACACCCCGGGUGGAAGGGGAAUGGCACCAGGUGCCCAGCCAGGAGAGCCGGGUCCCAAGUGUUAUCCUCCCUACCGAGGACUUCCCAACCAUCCCCACCGGCUACGUGCAGGUGACUCGGGGCCUGACAGACCUGGAGAUAGGCAUGUACGCCCUCCUUGGUGUCUUCUGUUUAGCCAUAUUGGUCUUCCUCAUCAACUGCAUUGUCUUUGUCCUGAAGUACCGGCAUAAACGGAUCCCGCCGGAAGGACAGACCAACAUGGACCACUCUCACCACUGGGUCUUCUUGGGCAACGGGCAGCCCUUGCGGGCCCAGAACGACCUUUCCCCUCAGCCGGAGAACUUGGGCAACCCGCUGGAGAGUGUCCCGACCUGUUGCCAUGCCGACCACCACAGCAGUGGCUCCUCGCAGACGAGUGUGCAGAGCCAAGUGCACGGGCGUGGGGACGGCUCCUCGGGGGGCUCCACCAGGGACCAGAGUGAGGACCCGCUCAACUCGCCCACCUCCAAGCGCAAACGGGUCAAGUUCACCACCUUUGCCACCAUGCCCUCUGAGGAGCUGGCGUACAACUCUAUCCCCGUCGCCGACGAAGAGGACUUGGAGUGGGUCUGUCAAGACAUGGGCCUCCAGGACCCCGAGGAACUGCACAACUACAUCCAUAGGAUCAAGGAGACUGCAUAGCGGGUUGGACCCAUUGCUUACAGGAGGAGGAGGAGAGGGCAGAUGUGCAAGGCACUCCCAUUCAGGAUCAGAAUGGAUCGGUUACAUCUCCCUCCAGUGUUUGCUGGGCUCAGCUCUGCCCUCCUCUGAGGGGACAAGUCCAACUGGAAGGCCCCACUAUGUUCAGAGAGAAGUAGGACAACCCGUAAGAGGGGAAGGAUCCUGUUGCUUGGAGGGAGAGCUCUCUCUGGGAAGGGAAGCAGUUUCUGCCGUAACUAUGGGUCACCCUGCAGAGUGCAAGGGGGACUUGGCCACAUCUGGCCAGUUGGUGCUGCAAGUGUUUAAAGGGGGUGGGGGUGGAGGGGCACCAUCGAGCAAGGGAAGAGUAACAGAAAGUGUGAGCCACGAUGUGGGAUUAGCCCGAAUGGCCAGUGGAGACCGAAUGGCUCUGAUGUCAGCAGGGCAGUGGAUCCGCUCCGGGUUUUAGUCCGCACUUUCAAGGAGCUGUCCAAGGUGCUGAAAUGAUAAGUCCUUGCACCUGAUUUGGGUUGCUUGGGGGAUUGUUACUCCUUGCCUUCCCACAACACUCACUGCAGCCUUUGCCACUCAUGUCUAAAAAGCAAACCCUGCCCCCCCGGUCCCUUGGCUUUUCUUCUUCAAAUAUUUUUUUUUGCACAAUAAAUGUUGAAUUGUUUUUUUUAAUAAAAUAAAAAAUAUAAAAAAUU